CAUUUUGUUUUCGAUUGCUCUUCGUGCUGGUUCGUUUCUUCGCGCCUACUCCAACUCCCAAUAUCCGUGUGUUUGUUCGUUCGUUGGCUCGAUCGUUUGUUUGUUAUUAUCCGCUGCAUUUAAUGCGCGCGGUUAACCACCGAUAAACAGCAGAAGAACAGACAGAAAGUCCGCAACGAACAUUGAAGCUGCAAGGAUCGUGAAUGUUGCGUUUCACCUAAAAACAUUCGAACACAUCUUUUUUUUUUCUGUUCUGCAAAAUUUUGUUCUGUUAAGUGUUAUAACGGAUCUCGCAUUUUGCCGCCGCCACAGAUAAAAAAGUAUCCACGCAAAAUGCAGCAGAAAGUUGAAGAGAAAAUCGAUCCCCUGACACGCAUCCAGGAGGAGAUCAAAGAGGUGGUGCGUCGCGAGGAGGAAUACCGCCAGCUGGCCACACUCUCGUCUACAACCACCACUGCCUCCUCCACCGCAACCGCCACUGAAGGAGUAGUUGAAUUUGAGGCCUACACGAUCAAUGGCAAUGCGGCGGACUUCAAUCAGGAGCAGCCACAGGAUCAGGAUGAGCUGGACCAAGACCAGGGCGUGCUGGUCACAGCCCAGCCGGCGGCAGUGCAGACCACUACGCUUCUGCUGCCCAUUGAUGAGCUAUCCAACACACCCUCGCUGGCUUCUAGCGUGAACAGCGCCAAGGAGGAGAGCCUCGAUGGCCAGCAUUCGGAUGACUCGGGCAUCUCGGCCUCCUCGCAGAGCAACAACAACCUCCAAGCCAAGCAGCAGCAGCCGCUCAAGCUGACCGUGGUCACCCGCCAGGAGCAGCGUUACAUUGGACCCAACUGCUACAACAUGACACCGGAGCCGCCGCAGCAGAAGCUCAUCACCAGGACCAUUUCCACUCCGCAGCUAAGCGGCCUGCCCCAAAAGCGUCAGUUUGCCUUCGGUGGUGCCUCUACCAAAGGUGUAAUGCAGCGGUUUAUAGCCUCCCAUGGCAAGCUGGUGACUCCCAACAGUCCCAUGCCGCCCACCUCGCCAUUAGGCAACAUCACCAGCUCCGGAACCAAUCAGAAUGGAAGUCAGAACAACAACAACAACAGCAGCAGCAACAGCAACACCCUCAAGCUGAACACACGCACAGCGCUGGCCUUCCUGGAGAACGGCAACUCGCCAACGGGCAUUACCACGGUCACCCUAUCACCGGCAGCCAUCGAGCGGGACUCGGAGGGCAGGCCGUUGCGUCGAGGCUAUGUGCCCGUCGAGCAGAAGAUCCAGCGGGAGCUGCAGGACCUCAAGUCUCGCGAGACGGAGCUGAAACGCCUUCGCAAGAUUAACAGGCAGAACACACUGAAGGCUUCGCUGGACAAGCUCCAACUCAGCACAGAUGACGAGGCCGAUGCGGACGACGAUGACGAUGAGGACUCUGAGGUAGAGCACUGCUAUGGGCCCGGAAAACUGCGCAAUGCCCAGUCCACCCAGGAGUUGGAUAGAAAUGGCAACGAACCGGAGAUCGCACACAAGCCCGCUGGCAAUCGCAGCCUGAAUGCAGCCGCCUACAUAGCCAAUGGAGCCAGCAAUGGCAGCAUUAAUGGGAUGCGUCCGGCCAUGUCGCUGGCCCAGCUCUGUGAUCUGACGCCUGAGGAGGCGCCCUCUUCGCGAGGCCUCAUUGCCCAGUGGGAAAGCCUGAUCAAGAAGAAUGCCGAGAACGGGACGGUUAUUGAGGCGGUCAUCUAAGAGGACGAACGGAAGAGGGUAGCAGAGAGUCCUCUUUCCCCCCAAAAAACAACACACACCAAUCAACCAACGAUUCUGGUGCAGAGCAGACCAAAUUAUUAUUGUAGUGUCCACACUUGAUACCAAUCCUAAGCCCGAUGCCCGAUACCCGAUUCCUGAUCCUCUCCUCCACACAAAGCGAAAGCUGCUUAUCAACGAAUUAAUCUAAACGCCUAAAAAACUUGAAAUUAAAACAUAAAACUGAAAGGGAAUUGCAGCAUGCUGUACUUAAUGCGAUUUAUGUUUAAUUUAUAAAGUGUAGUACGUUCAAUAACUCUGUUGUAUAUAUAUAUAUAUUGUGACUCUUCUUCGUGUUUCCAGUGCAAGUGGAGUCCCUGACUUGCUUAUAAUUUAUUACAAAUCAACUUUAUACCUUAUAAAUAUAUAUAUAUAUAUAUAUCGUACAUAAAUAUACGAAAACGAUAUGCGAAACAUGAUUUAAUUAAAUAAAAAACCCAAAACUAAA